AUGGCGACCCCGCCUCUCCCAAUCCUCUCGUUCGGUAACGGCCAACCCCCCUCUGAGUCCGACUUGCCGCCCUUCCCUACGAUCCUCCUUCCUCAAGGCGCCGACUCGAAUGCAGGAGCGAAGCCCGGCGGGUCGAGCGGGGCGUCGUCGGCGAGCUCUUCAACGUCCUCCAACAUCGACCUCGCUCACGUCGCACGCACCGUACUCAAGGCCAAGAGGGUGGCGGUGGUCUGUGGAGCCGGCAUCUCGACUGCCUCUGGGAUCCCCGACUUCCGCUCUGGCGCCGGUCUCUUCAAGAGCCUGAAGGAACAGCACCCGGAUGCGAAGCUCACGAGUGGGAAGGACCUGUUUGAUGUCGGGCUCUUCUCGUCCGAGGCAAAUGCGGCCAUCUUCUACAACAUGAUUGCCGAGUUGAAGAAGCAGACGGACGCGGUCGAGCCGACGGCCUUUCAUGCGUGGCUCAAGGACCUGGAUGACGAGGGGAAGCUGUUCCGCGUCUACACCCAGAACAUCGACUGCCUUGAGGAGAAGGCUGGCUUGACGUACGGCCUCGGCGACAAGUCGCUCCCUCUUCCUCCUCGUCGCGCCGGGCGAUCCCCCUCGAAAGCCCGUCUGUCCGGCAACUCGACUCCGACGUCCGUUCCUCUUCAGCCUUCCUCGUCCCAAGCAUCCACAGCCUCGACCUCGUACCCAACUCCUCGGUCUUCCGCCUCUCCGCCUCCGACCCAUUCGACCAUUCCCCGCGUCAUCCCCCUUCACGGCCACCUCGCAACUCUGUCCUGCUCCGCGUGCAAGCUCACCACCCCAGUCGACCCCUACCUCGACCUCCUCGCUUCCGGCUCCGCGCCAGCCUGUCCCUCCUGUCUUUCGAUCGACCAGGCUCGCUCAGCAGCCGGCGAGCGGUCCCGUGGUGUCGGCAUGUUGCGGCCAGACGUGGUGCUGUACGGCGAGGAGCACAAGGAUGGCGAACGAGUCGGGGAGAUUACCCAGCGCGACUUGAUGGGACAGAGGCCGGACUUGCUGCUUGUCGUCGGGACUACGCUCAAGGUCAAGGGGACGAAACGGCUCGUCCGCGAGUUGUCCAAGGUCAUCAAGCCUCCUUCGAAGAGCGCAUCCACGACCGAACAAGACGACGACCCGCCUUCGUCCAGCCCGGCUUUCCCCUCGUCCUCUCAGCAAAGCGCGACAUCAAAGCGUCCGCGGCAGAAACGUCCACCUCCGAUUCACACCCUUUACCUCAACUACGACUUUCCUACGCCGUCGCGUGAGUGGGCAGGCGUGUUUGACUGCUGGUUGAGGGGCGACAUCCAGCAGUUUGUGCAGGCUGUCAAGGACGAGAAGAAGCGGAUGAAGGUCGAGAUGGAGGAGAAGGAGCAGAGGAAGCGGAAGCGCGAGGAGGCGUCGAGUAGUCCGAGAAAGGCGCGGGCGGCGUUCAACGGGAUGGGGAAGGAGCCGGAGAGGCCGAAGGGACGGACGACGAUGGCGGCGAUGAGGGCGUCUUUGCCGGUGGGCGGGGUCCAGCGACUGCCGGCCAGCAGCACGCACGGCCUGCCCGUCGAUAUCCCUCGCCUCUUCGGCCUUCCGCCUAACGCUGCUCUCCCGCCACUGCCUGUCACCGCACCGCCUGCUCCGCCGCCCAAACCAGUCGCCGCGGCCUCGAUCUCGGCAUCCAGCUUCCUCGCCUCACCCGGCGCUACAGUCGUCCGACCGUUCUCGACCAUGCCUACUACAGUCGCAACGCGUGCGCCCGUCAUCCCCGCAUCGCCCGCAUCGUCAGCCGGUAGCGCGGCUGUUGUUGCUCUCGCACCGAAGCCUCGCCUGCCCGCCCGCGCGCUCACGCGCAACUCGUCGACGUCUUCACUUUCGUCGCUGUCCUCCACCUCGUCAACCUCAUCGCGCUCGACCGAAGCAACGAAGCGCACGACUCGCGCGCAAACCCGCCAAUCCUCGACCUCGUCCACCUCGACCUCCUCCUCCUCGCGCUCUCGGCGCGCAUCUACUGCACACUCGACGCAAAUCUCGCUCCAAAGCGCGGCGGCAAAGAAGGCCGAGGUCAACCGGUUGCAGUUCAGCGUGACGAAGAAGAGUGUCGGGCGGGUGACGGGGACGGUCAAGAAGCGCGUGGCGGGGCGGUGA